AUGAAGCCUCUCUUCCCACUCCCAUAUUUCUUCCUCCUGUUCUUCAUUAUCACUAAUACUUUCUGUGUUAACAUCGCGGCUGCAGUCCGAGGUCGGUGUCUCGAAGACCAGCAAUUGCUCCAUCUGAAGAAAAGCCUGACCUUUGCUCCUGAGUCAUCUGAGUAUCCUCAUUCAUCCAAGUUUAUAUCAUGGAAUUCAAGUACCGACUGCUGUUCUUGGGCUGGUGUUACUUGCAAUACCAACGGCAGCGUUGUUGGCCUUGACAUUAGUAGCAAAAACAUCUCCGGUGGCAUUGACAACUUGAGCACUCUCUUCCAUCUUCAACAUCUUCAAAGCCUCAACUUGGCUGAUAACUCUUUUGUUAACGGCUCUUGCAUUCCAUCAUCAAUCGGAAAGCUUACCAAAUUGAGGUAUCUAAACUUAGCUGAUUCUGGUUAUUCCGGAAAGAUUCCCAUUGAGAUUUCACGCUUGACAAGGUUGGAUGUCCUAGAUAUUUCUCUAUGUAAACAUCAGUGUGCCACCAAACUUGAGAGCCCAAAUUUAAGUAUGCUCUUUCAGAACCUCACAGAGAUUACAGAGCUAUAUCUUGAUGGGAUAAAUAUAUCAGCACAAGGGAGUCAGUGGUGCCAAGCAAUAUCAUCUUCACUCCCAAAUCUGAGGGUGUUGAGCUUGUGUGGAAGCCAGCUCUCAGGUCCUUUUUGUCAGUCCCUCGCAAAACUACAGUCUCUCUCGGUGAUUCAAUUGGAUAGUAAUGACAUUUACGGUCCAAUUCCAGGAUUCUUUCCCAAGUUGACAUCUUUGAGUCUUCGUAAUUGCAUUCUGAAUGGAACAUUUCCCAAAGAGAUCUUUCAGGUACCUACUUUAAAAGCUAUUGACCUUUCCGGUAAUGUACGUCUUCAUGGUUCUUUUCCAGAAUUUCUUGAGAAUGCAUCUCUUGGAUUUUUGGACCUAAGCCACACAAAGUUUUCAGGGUUAUUGCCUGAUUCCAUCGGCAACCUCAAAUUGUUGUCCAUUUUAAAUCUUUAUAACUGCAGUUUUAGUGGAUCAAUUCCAAAGUCCAUGGCAAGCCUAACAAAUUUGUUUUACUUGGACAUGUCAUCAAAUAUGUUUAAUGGUUCGAUUGAUUCUAUUUACUGGAAAAACCUUGAUAAGCUCGAAUAUUUGGCAUUAGAUUCAAAUUUACUCACUGGUAGUAUUCCGUCAUCUAUCUUUUCUUCUCCCUCCUUGUUGCAACUGACACUUUCCCACAAUCAAUUCUCUAGUCAACUCCAUGAAUUUUCCAAUGAUAACUCCUCCCCAUUAUCUCACCUUGAUUUGUCUUUUAAUUCUUUGAGUGGUAUGAUUCCCCAAAGCUUGUCUGCAAUGAGCAACCUUCAAGUGCUUAACUUGAAGAGAAACAACCUUACUGGAAGUAUUUCUGAUUUCGAAUUUCCUGAAAGUUUAGAGUUUCUAGAACUCAAUCAGAAUCAGAUAGAUGGUCAAUUUCCAAAGUCUCUAGCCAAAUGCAGUGAAUUACAGGUUGUAAACCUUGAAAACAACCAAAUAACAGAUACCUUCCCAUGCUUGUUGAGGAACAUCUCCACCUUGCGUGUCCUUGCUUUGCGGUCCAACAAAUUUUAUGGACGCCUUGGAUGUCCCGAGGAGACUAAUGGAAUGUGGCCAAUGCUUCAGAUCAUAGACAUAGCUCACAACAAUUUUCAUGGCGAAAUACUAGGAACGUAUUUGAAAGCCUGGCAGGCAAUGAUAGAUAACAAAGAUGAAAACGCGUCAACAAUCCGCCUGCUUCCGUUUGAAGAUCCUGGAUUGAUUCAUUAUCAGGAGACAAUAACUGUAGUAAGCAAAGGUUUUGAAAUCGAACUGGUAAAGAUUCUAACCAUCUUCACCUCCAUUGACUUCUCUUGCAACAAUUUGAGUGGACCAAUACCUAAGGAAAUGGGAGAACUCAAAUCAUUAUAUUUGCUCAACUUGUCGAGCAAUGCUUUUACUGGUGAAAUCCCAUCGUCAUUUGGCAACAUGCAACAACUCGAGUCCUUAGACCUGUCGCAAAACAAGUUGAGUGGGAAAAUUCCACUGCAGCUGGCAAAUCUUACUUUCCUUUCAUUCUUGAACCUCUCAAAUAAUCAAUUGGUUGGCAGGAUCCCAACCGGUAAUCAGUUUUCAACAUUUACAAGUGCCUCCUUUACAGGUAACAAAGGAUUAUGGGGGUCUCCUUUGACAGUAGAUAGCAAAGCAAGAUUGUCACCACCACCAACAUUGACUGGGAGUGUUCCGAGUUCUAGACAUGAGAUUGAUUGGGAUCUUAUCAAUGUUGAAAUUGGAUUUGUAUGUGGCUUUGGAGUUGCAGUUGGGUCACUUGUGUUGUGCAAGAGAUGGAGUAAAUGGUAUUACAAAAUAAUGUAUAAAAUCCUUGUUAAGAUAUUCCCUCAACUUGAAGAUAGAAUUGGUCGUCAUCGAAGACAUGUCCACAUAAAUCAAAGGUUGGGACGCUGA